GUCAUCAAUGGCAUGAUGGCGAUUCUGGUGAAUAAUAGGCUGUUAUGGAAAUCUCUUCAUUGGCCACUGUCCCUCUCGUUUUAUAUAUCUCAUCUCGUUAUACUUCUCAUUUUUGGAAUUGACGUUUUGUUGGUUUCUUUUUCAAUUCUACUCCAUGUCAUUUUGGGUUUUAGAUUUUAAGACUCUAUGACCAAGCGUAUUUAUGUCUCUCCAUAACGUGUGUUUAAUCCAUCCGUACUUUUUUAACUCGUGGCCAGACUAUUUGGCAGGCUUGUUUUUUAUGUCUUCAGUAACGAGCCACGUUUCGCGUCCAUAAAGCAGAACUGAUUUAACAUCAACGUUGAAAACAUGCAAUUUAGUUUUUCCCUGGAAUUUAUCAGCGUAAUCUAAAGCUGGUUAAUCUAGAUGCUGCAGUCCGAAAGGUUGCCUUUUUCGCUAUUUUGACAAUGAUACGUUCAAGCCAUUCUGUAGGAAAUAUCUCGGUAGUCCAUAUAUCUCGAGAUAAGUGAUAUAGCAGAUCAGCAAUAGCUUCAUUACCAACCUUCAAAAAUUUAACUGGUAUUCUGUCAAUACCUGGUGCUCUUCCAUUCUUUAUUUCGCUGAUAGCUUUUGUAAUUUCUUCUCUGGAUGGAUUUGUUGUUGUAAUUAUUCUAUGUUCUCAGUUUUUUUUUAUAAUCUUGUCCUUUUUCAUAAAAAAUACACGAAAUGUGUAUUUAAAUCAAUAGAUAUAUUUUUUUUUAAUAAAAUUUUAUCUAUUAGAUUUAUUAUUGGAAAUAACGAUACGAGUAUUUCAAGUUUAACUGAUUAUCUUUGUAAAUACACGUUUUUACGUUAUAACUAUAGGUGAUCUUAUCAAGUUAAAAUAUUUAUAUAACUAUCAUUGAUUGUGUACUUUUAGUAAAAACUUAAAGCAUUUAUUAAGUCACGUAAAAAUUAUAAGCCAAAACUAAACACAGGAUGUCAACGUAGAAAAGGCAUAUGCCCAUUCUUUAUGUAGCACUUAGACUCCGUUUCCGGGUUAUAUGCUUCUGGUAACUAACAUCUGUUCAACAGCUUUAAGAAGGUUCUUCGUUUUAGUAACAGCUUUAGAUGUUUAUUAGGGGGUUGAUAAAUUUACCCUUAAUAAAGAAAUUUUUUAAAAAAAUUAACUAAAAUAGAAAUACGAAAUUAAGUAAGAAAUAAAAAGUGAAUUUUGUGAAGUACUUUUUCUUUCGUUAGUAACUUGGUUUAUAGUUGAUUUUUGUAGACGACAGCUCUUAUUAAAUUUCCGUUAAGAACAUAAUUCGCUCUAAAAAUAACUCGGCCACGUUCGUUCUCCUCAUUGAAUUCCCUAUGUGGAGUUUUUAGACAUUUUCAUCAGUCGUUUCUCGUCGCGUUGGUAAAUCGAAACAAUAACUAUGACAUCAAAACAAGAUAAAAUCGUUAUCCAGAUAAUAUAAAUCAAAUUAAAAUAACACCAUAUCUACAACAUUUCGAUAUCAGAAAAAAAGUUAUGCAGCAAAAAAACAUAAUAAAAAUGAAACGAAUCAAAUUUCAUCAUAUUCAUUAUAUUUUAAUUUCAUAAUUUUGUCGUUUCAUGAAAAUAAUCCAUUUUAUUAUUUCAAUUUUAUUUUGCGGACUACCGAUAAGCAACUUCCUUUCGGUUUAUUCGUUAUCGUUUUAUACAUGUGCGCUUCCUCCUGAUGGUUCUAGUGAUCGUACUCUAGUAGUCGUCGUUGUCGCGUUUAAAACAGUGCGUGGUGUCUACGAAUCGUCCGUCGAAAUGUUUAAGACGAGACGAUUUCGUAUUGAUUUUGAAGUGUUUGUUUUUAUUUUUGCGAUUUUAUGCGUCAGAUUUUAUAGUUGCGCCACUGAUAUCGCUACAACUGAAACUGUGCCUUACACUGACACUACACAAGAAAGUAGUCAAUUUGAGACUAGGACAACCCAAUUUUUUAGUACAAACAGUGAUUAUGAACAAGAUUUUGUGACUGAAUCAUCGACGGAUGUUGAAACGUUUAGUUUAUCUGGUAAUGCAAGGGACUUUGUAACGGAUACAUUUAGUAGAGGAAUAACACAAGAUGAAUCGACAACUGUGUUUACAACGGAAGAGAUAACAAUUCAAUCUCCAUGCCAAACUGUUCCCGAUGAAUUAAAAGAUAUAAAAAUAACCAACAAUGCUAAUAUUUACAAUUUGAGUUGGGGAAAACCAACGAAUCAAGAAUGUAAUAAAUACAAAAUAUCGAUAAACGGAGUUGAAGAAAAAAUAAUUGAGACGAAUUCGAUUGAAAUCGAGAAUACUUCGAGAUUGGAAUGUACGAAGAUUGAGAUUUCAGCUGUGGAUGUUGAAAAUAACGUUGGAAAUGCCGCAACAAGAUUAAUUCCAGGUGAAAUAUCAAAUUUAGAAGCAACGCCCAAAAUUUACGAAAUUGAGUUAAGUUGGGAUGCGCCAAGUGAUGGAGAAUGCGUUGAUAUGUACUAUAUUUAUCUUAAUGAUGAAAAAUACAAAGAAACCACUAUAACAACAGAAGUGUUAACAGACGUAGAAGCUUGCACUACCCAUAAUAUUCGAGUUACUACAGUUUCUAAAACAGACGGAGAUAUAGUUGAAAGUGAAGGAGUUUCCAUUAAAGCUAAAACAGGAAAACCAUCAACUGCAAGUUCGGUAGAAAAUCUUCGGUUAACAUCAGAAGCAACAACUUUAUCAGCAACUUGGGAUCCACCAAAAAAUACCGGAGCUUGCAUUUAUCGGUACACAAUUCGAUUGAUGGGAAGCCAGUCAACUAUAGAUAAAUACACAGAGAACACGUUUAUAAACAUCGAACCAGUAACUCCAUGUGAAGAUUACAGUUUUAUGAUAUAUCCCCAACUUUCUGAAGCAAUAAAUGGCCUUGAUAUAACUCAAACUACUUCUAUAAAAGAAUACGUUACUCCACUCCCUGAUAUUAAAAAUUAUGAAACUGAAAAGACCAAUAUUACUUUUAGCGUGAAAUUGGUUGAUUAUACAUCAAACAAGUGUAAAAUAUCAUCGAUUAACGCAACUUGCAUAUUUUCAGGGGAUAAUUAUGAACCAUGGAUGGUUAAGGAAAGCUCAUCAUCAAUAGAAUAUACAGAUUCAACAACUCGACCUAUUCAGGAUAUUGUCGUCGAUGAGCUUUCACCUUACACUAAUUAUUCUUGUGAUAUUUUCGUCGUUAACUCAGCUGGGGCGUCAGAACCCGCCAAUCUUGGUGUAGAAACCAACGAAGACGUUCCAAGUAAACCCGAAAAUUUAAACACAAAAUCCGACGAAAAUAAAAUUUACAUAACUUGGGAUAAACCAUCAAAAAUUCCCGGAAUUUUACAAGAUUAUAAACUCGCUAUUAAAUACGAAGAAACGAAACACUUUAUUCCAAACUACUGCGAAAUAAAUAAAGAAGAUGUUGUAAGCCUCGUCAACGAAAAUAAUUAUUUAUUUGAAUCAUUCGUUCCUAACUCGAUUUAUUCGUUAACUAUUCAAGCACAAACGGGAGCGGGUUUCGGAGAAGAAGCCUCAAUCGACUUUGAAACCGAACCCAAAAUAUCAAACAAAGUAAUAAAUCUAGACAAAAACGUUACAAUAAACAAUGACGAGGUAUACGAUGUAUCAAUUAAAAUUGUUUGGAAACUCCCUUGUACAAACGGAAAUUUAAUUAAAUUUAACUAUAUCAUUGAAGGCGUAAAAUUGGAAAACGAAGAACCAUUAAAAUCGAUCGUUGAAGAAAUUCAACCAAACGAAAAUAUUAAAGACGAAAAUUACUAUUUUGAGAUGUCAGCUGAACCUUGGGUGAAAUAUACCGUAACAGUUUACGCAGUAACGAAAGGAAUUGAAAUAAAUAAUGAAUUAGAUGGUGAAUUUGACUCGAUUGAAAUUAUUUCACCAGAAGGCCGACCUUCACCUCCUCAAAGCAUCACCGUUACGGAAAUAACAUCAACAAAUGCCCAAAUUUCUUGGGAAGAACCCAAUAACAAAAACGGAAUAAUCACAAAUUAUCAAAUUAAUAUUGAUUCUAUCAGACCACUUCAUGAAGUUAAUGAUUUUGAUUGUGAAAGUAAAUAUAGUUUCUCUGAUGAAGUCAAUGAAACGUUUAACUAUUAUGAUUAUAAUGAUUUUAAGCCAAAUUAUGAAUAUAAAGUUGCUGUGAGAGCAAAAACCGAAUCAGGAUAUGGCGAAGCUAACGAGACUAUCCAUAUAACAUCAACAGCACCUUCUGAAUCAGUUAGAUUAAUUCUAUAUUAUUUCAUAAUUAAAGAAAGUGAGGAUUACGACGUUAACUUAGGUGUUGUUUUUAAAGAACCGUGUCAUUUAAACGGAAAAUUAUCUUCUUAUAAACUUACAAUUCAAGGAACUCGAUCUGGUUUUCCUGAUGUGAGUGUUACAGAUGAAUUAACAGAAUACACGGAAAAAGGUUUUAUUUUACCUUUAAAACCUGAAUAUACAUACGAAGGAUUUAUUGAGGUUUACACAGAAGAAAACUUUGUUAGUGAAAAAAAUUAUUUGGAUGGUUUUACAUCUUCAGCCGGAAUUCCAAAAGACGAAUUUUCCCAAAUUUCAGAUCCCCAUUCAAUAGAAUCCGAAUCAAUUAAGUUCGAUUUGAACCAAGAUACAUUUUCUAACGAAAUGGGUGAAAUAAUUUAUUACGCCAUUAUUUUGGCCCCUGAAGAUUACAAUCCACUAACAAAUUAUGGAAUUACAAAUGGAAGUUGGCCCGAUACGGGAAGUUGGAGCCAAGAUGAAGAAUUAAAGGAGUAUCAAACAACUCCAAAAGAAUGGAAUCCUUUUAAAAGUGGCAAAAUAAGAAGUUCAAAUUCGGUUUAUACCGUUUCAAUAGGAACUGAAAAUUGCGAGGAUUCGCAAGAAGAAUAUUGUAAUGGAAAAUUAAGGCCUGAUACUUCGUAUUCGUUAAGAGUACGAGGAUUUACAAGUUAUGGGUAUAGAGAUACCCCAAAAAUUACUUUUUAUACACCUUCUAAAUUAAAUUAUGGCGCUUUAAUUGGUGGAAUUGUGGGAGCAGCUGCCGCUUUAAUUAUAAUAUUUAUAAUAAUAAUUGUUUGGAGACGAAGAAGAACGAAAAGUCAAGAAGAAGAAACUGCUUUGGACACUUUACCUUUAGUUCCACAACCAGUGCCAAUCAAUAAAUUUUUGGAUCAUUACGAUGAUUAUAAAAAUAAUUUAAAUAAAUUAAAAGCUGAGUAUAGUUUACUUGAAAGAUUAGGAAUCAGCGAACAAUUACCGAUGACGUUUGCAAUGACCGAUGAUAAUAAACGUAAAAAUAGAUAUAUUAAUAUACUGCCAUAUGACGAAACGAGAGUGAAAUUAGAUAGGGAUAAAAAUGAUAAUUAUGCUGAUUAUAUUAAUGCCUCAUUUAUAAAAGGUUAUUCUGGAAAUGUUGAAUACAUAGCAACACAAGGUCCAUUAGAAUCAACAAUAGUUGAUUUUUGGAGAAUGGUUAUACAAGAAAACGUAGCUGUUAUAGUGAUGGUUGCUCAAUUUGUGGAACAUGAGAAAGCAAAAUGUCAUCAAUAUUUCCCCAAUAACCACGAGACGAUGGCAAUAGGUGAUGGUAUCGAAAUCAAAUGUGCGAAUGAAGUUCCAUUAGGUAGUUAUAUUAAAAGAACUUUAAUGGUUCAAAGAGAAUUAAUGCAAAUAACGAUAACGCAUUUGCAAUACAUACAAUGGCCAGAUUUUGGUUGUCCAAACGAUGCGGAUUCUAUGUUAGAUUUUUGCAAUAUUUUAAGACAAUGUGUUGAACAGUAUAAAAGUAAAACAAUUAUUCAUUGCAGUGCUGGAGUUGGUAGAACAGGUACUCUAAUAGCUUUAGAUAUUUUACUUCAAACGAUAGAAAAUGCGGGUGAUAUAGACAUAUUUAAGACUGUUUUAAAUUUACGUAAACAAAGAGUUCGUAUGGUUCAAACAGAGAAACAAUACAUGUAUAUUCAUAAUUGCUUAGCGGAAUAUAUUACAAAUCCAAAGAAAGGAGAAACAAAAGAAACUGAACCAAUCUACGAAAAUAUAACCAAAAAAAAUGAUGAUGAAAUAUCGAUUAAAGUUAUUAAGGAUAUAGAUUAAAGUAAUAGCUUAUUUUUUAGCAAUUGCAUAAUUCAGAGACUUAAUUUGUAAUAUUAAAGUGUACAUUUAAUUUAAAUAUACUAAAAAUAUAGUAUUUAUUUUUGUUAGGUACAUUCCAAAGAAUAAAUAUAGUUUGUUAAAAAUGUA